AUUGACGACGAGUCCAGUAUGUGGCAGGUGGAGGCUGACCUGCACACCCCUGGGUUUCUCGACAAAGCCCGGCAUUUGCUUAUCUUAUGGCAGUUUCAGCAACGUAUAUCCCUCGAGGAUGUCGGGUUUAGAGGUGGUGGUGUCGAGAGCUGCGUACGUUCACACUGGUUGGAGCUGGUUGCUGCUCUUCGAACAUCACCGCCGAGGAUCAGCACGGAAGUUAUCAUGGAAUCAUUUCUUAUCGAUAUCUUCGAACAAACGUCCAUUUGGAGGUCGUCUGGAGAAAGGAGUGACGUAUUGAACCGUGAGAAGACUGCAGUUCAAGUAGCAGCUAAGCUGUUCCUCCGCGGGUUGUUUUCUGGUCGUGUUAAGGACCUCUUCCGCUCUGCAAUUCAGGUAGAAGCGACAACGGCGAGCACAAGGCAGCUGCACGACUGUUUUGUAUCGCUCGUGUUGGAACUCUACAACUAUAUAUGCUGUGUGCUCGAAGGGAUGACAGUGGGUAGUAAUGGAGCUGAGCCCGAGCGCAGCGAUGCGUCCUUAAUGGCACUGCUGGACGACAUCCUGUCUCUCGUCUAUGGUUGCGCACGUUUCGGAGAGCUUCGAAGGAGGAUUUCAGCUCUGCUAAUGGACACGAGCACUCCGGCAUCACUGACAGCUACGUUGAAUCGAGUGUUUCAAGAAUUCACAGGUCACGUGUAUAGGGCCACGACAGCAAGCGCAGUAUCAACAAUUAGGAGUCACCAACUCGCGACCAGACGCAAACACAACACUGUGCAGAGUUCUUGGAGUCGUCGGUGGCUCCUGGAGCCAGGCUCAGUGGAAAUUGUUGAUCUUCGGACAAACAAUCACGACGAUCACGUUGCCCUACGGCUGGUCGACGUUGCUCAAGUUCUCUGCGAGUUUGGCUGCGUCGAUGUGGCGGCUGACGCGGAGAUGUUCUCCGUGCUCCUACACACUGGGGUGUUGUUCUCCGAGAACGAGUCAGCUAUGUGCACGGAGAUAAUCCUUGACGGACAGCGCCACAUCAACUGCGGACAAUCAAGCGCUCUUCUUUCCAUACUUGCCGGGAGACGGUGUGCCGGUGAAUACGCUGGCUCGUUAUCGGACGACGGGCGGUCGCUACACUUGGAUUACUUCUACCAAGAA